GCAACAAUGGCCGUGAAUUGUCCAAUUUGUGGCCAGAAUGUCUCGGUCGACAUUAACACGCAUAUUGACGGUUGUUUGUCCAACUCUGAGUCAAAACCCAUCGUUUCCACGAAAAGUACUAGCUCGCAGACAAAGGUUGCCCCCAUUUUCAAUUUUAAAAGAAAGCACGCUGGUCAAGACUCGAGUCCAAGCUCGAGUCCCAGCUCGCCAUAUGAGGGCAAACAGGAAAUCGGGAAAAAUGCAGAGCUUGAACGACCAGUCAAACGUUCCAAGCCGAGCCCCGAUCUUCCACUAGCAGAACGUCUGCGCCCGAGCACGCUCUCUCAAGUCAUUGGUCAGCCACUUCUUGUGGAUUUGUUCACUCGCGGGUUCUCUGGCUCUGCCAUAUUCUGGGGUCCUAGCGGAUGCGGCAAGACAACGAUCGCACGACUUGUCGCCGCUCAAUCUAAUUCAGCUUUCAAGGAGCUUAGUGCGACGUUGGCUGGGAUUAACGACGUGAAAGCCGUGGUAGAAACAGCCAAAUCCACGUUCGCACUUUCUGGGAGGCGAACCCUCUUAUUCCUGGAUGAAAUCCAUCGAUUCAAUAAAGGCCAACAGGACAUCUUUCUUCCCUAUCUUGAACGCGGCGCGAUUCAGUUGAUUGGUGCUACCACCGAAAACCCGAGCUUUAAAUUGAACGGGGCUCUCUUAAGCCGUUGUCGCGUGUUUGCCCUAAAACGUCUCGAAGAGCCAGACAUCAAGACUAUCCUCUCUGAUGCUGUGGCACGGUUAUCUACAGAUGAUACUACUUCGCCAAAUGUAGUCCUACCAGACAAAGUUGUGGCCUCGAUUGUUUCGCUCUGUGGGGGAGACGCCCGUGUAGCACUCUCACUCCUCGAGAUAGCACUCCAGUCGCCAUCUGACUUGGAUGAACAAGGGCUUCUGGCAUUAUUGCGACAGUCAGUGGUUACUUCAUUCGAUCCCUCGGAAGACCACUAUGACAUGAUUUCCGCCCUUCACAAGUCUAUUAGGGGAUCACAACCCAAUGCAGCCUUGUACUGGCUUGCGCGGAUGCUUAAGGGCGGCGAAGAUCCGCUUUUCAUUGCUCGUCGCCUCAUUGUGUGCUCAAGUGAGGAUAUCGGCCUGGCUGAUAACCACGCGCUGCCAUUGGCAACGGCCACGCUGCAGGCAUGCCAACACAUCGGUAUGCCCGAGUGCAGAAUUAAUCUGGCCCACCUAGUUACCUACUUGAGCGAGGCCCCCAAAAGCACACGAACCUAUGAAGCCUACAAACGAGCAGAGGAAGCCGUCGCCGUAGACCCCACACUCCCAGUUCCGCUCAGUAUGAGAAACGCACCAACAACACUCAUGAAGGACCUCGGAUAUGGGCAAUCGUAUCGAUACAACCCAGAAUACGCUCACCCAGUCCCGAAUACCUACCUCCCUGCCCAGUUUGAGGAUUCCGAGUUUUUACGAAAAGUAGGAGAUAAUCGAGACAAAUUGUGGGACGAGGCGGCGCUCGUUGCUUGGGAAAAGCAGAAUCUAGACGGGCAACCCUGGGAAGGGCGAUUAUCUCUAACUCUAAUGUCGACCAACAUCACAUUCCAUCCCGGCUCUGUGGAGGCUGGAGAGCGCGUAGCUUUCCUCGGACAAAAGGGCAUCACAAUCUGGCUGACUGGUUUGAGCGCCAGCGGCAAGUCUACCAUCGCGUGUGCCUUGGAACAACACUUGUUGCAUCUCCACAAGUUCGUCUACCGACUUGACGGCGACAACAUUCGCUUUGGACUCAACAAAGACCUUGGGUUCGAUGAGAAAUCGCGCAAUGAAAACAUUCGUAGAAUUGGCGAGGUUUCUAAACUGUUCACCGACGCAGCCUGUGUUACUAUCACUGCCUUUAUUUCCCCAUACCGCGCAGACCGACAACUCGCCCGUGACCUCCACGAAAAGGCAUCUCUGCCUUUUAUAGAGGUGUUUGUCGACGCUCCGUUGUCCGUCGUUGAAGAACGUGACCCAAAGGGGCUCUAUAAGAAGGCCAGAGCCGGAGAGAUCAAGGACUUCACAGGUAUCUCCGCGCCAUACGAGGCACCAGAGAAGCCAGAAAUCCACAUCAAGACCGACGAAACAGACGUGGAGGGUAGCGUGCGCAUCAUCACACAGUACUUGGAAGCGAAUGGCUAUGUUGCGACUACAGGGUGA